AUGAUAAGAACGGGACAAAAAUAUGUUGUCAAAGGAAUUAGAAGUCUUUAUCCGGAAGAACUGGCGAAAAAUUUGGCUGAUGACUUGUUGAGGCGAUGUAGAAUCGACCCUACAACUACUGCAAUAUGUCUUGGAGUAGAACAGUUUGCUGACAUAUGCUAUGUUUAUGAGGAACACUGCCGAAAGUACCCUGGCGUAUUUCUAUACGAGCAUUCAAAUCAAGGUCGUACACUGGAAGAACUUGCACGACUUCCAAAUGCUAUACCACCACCAAAUCCCUUUGCUAAAGAUUUCCCAUCGGAAGGCGUAAAAUUAUCAGAUGCUGUAGCAUUAUUUCACAAAUAA